UCGCCCCAUCCCCCGGAAAAUGUAACAUAACCUCAAUCUUCUCAUCGCACUUGUCAACUCUAAAAAAAAUGGAUGCAGCCGGUGACAGAUCGUUGCAUUCGUCCAACGUAGCUGUGAUCCGCGAGGUGUACGACAGCGAGUACUCCCAGCAAUGCUUUUCGAUGGAGCUGGAGAAGGCCCUCGACGCCUGCUGCACCGUCAUUGUGAUAGAGCCCAGUCAGCUGGGGGACGAGACCGCCCGCUGGAUCAGCGUCGGCAACUGUUUGCACAAGUCGGCUGUCUUCUCGGGGGCCUGCUCGGUCCUGUCGGGCUUCCUGUGGCCAGGGCGAGUGGUGCCGCAGGUGCCCUUUAGCAUAUUCUCCGCGCUGUGCGCGUCGCUGUACACAGUGUCCUGGCAGUUCGACCACUGCGUCAAGUACCAGGUGGAGAGGGACCCGCGGCGGCUGGCGCGGCUGCCCAUUCUGGGGGCGCUGACGGCAGCGUCGCCAGUCGUGCUCGUGCGGAAGGACAACACGAGGAAGAUCGUGUUGCACUGGACGGCGUCGCUGGCGGCGGCGGCGCUCUGCGUCUACAGAUUGUACCGCACUAUGAAAUAAAUUCUUGUUCUAGUUCGUGCGAUAGGUAAAUUAUUCUGUAGUUUUUAAUGAUUUUUAAUUCCAAGUUACAUCGAGUUUAGUACAAACACGGUCCGUCUUCCCGGAGGUAGUGUUUUCGAUCUGUUACAUGUAAAUAGAUGUGAUGUUUAAAUAAAAAAAACACAGAUUAGAA